AUGUUCAUAUUGUAUAUUGCUAAUUGUAAGGGUACUUACGAAUCAGCUUUCUCGAAGGAUGCAAAUUUGGAAGCGGCUAUGCAAAAAUCCAAAUCAUCGUCAAAUGUUGGGCAAUUCGUCACCAGAAAGAUACUUAAAGGUCGUUCGAAAAGUCAAACCCGACCCAACACGCAAGCUCCACUCUCCAAAUGGGCUCCAGCGGAGAAAUUCACAUGGACGUCAGAUAAUGGAGGUCGUAUAUUAAUACAAGAUUCUUGUUUGCAAAAUCUAACAGAUAUUGAGGCAAAAAUUCUGCAACGUGUGGCUAUAGAAAAGAUAAACGAACUUAAUAUUGGAGUUAAUGUAGUACUGGAUCACGAUGGUAAAUCGCAAAAACGACGGGUUCUACCCAAGAAGAAGGCAAUAACGACAAGUUUCUUUGAUAUCAGUAAAAAAGAGGACCAAAGUGGUGGUAGUGGUAUAUUCGGCAACUCUUUGGAAUGUUGCUUGGUUAAUGAUAAGAAACGUGAUAGUAAUUUGAAGGCAUCAUCGGAACGCGGCUCUAGAAACUCUAUAGCAGCACUUUUUCGCAGCGGUUGUGGCAGUGAAUCUUCAAGCAAGCUGAAUGAAAAUGUGCGUUCCUAUGAAAGCCUGCCAUCGAGUACUAGUUUUCUGGUGUCCCCACAUAGAGGUGAUAACCGCUCUGAUAGCGGACGCGGUAAAUCGAGUUCGGCUUACUUUGGCCCUCUCUCAAAGUCUACAUCGAUGCAAAUGUCACAAAGUCAAUCAGAUAUAAGGCGUCGAAGUCAAGACUUUGAUUUACAUGGUUUCAAGCUGCAAGAUUCUACUGAUUUUAAGGACCUACAUGAAACAAACAACAAUUCAUUGCAAGUACCUUCAUUCAUAACGUCGUGUAUAAGAUAUCUCGAAGAGCACGGUUUGAACAAGGUUGGAUUAUUUCGCGUGAGCACUUCCAAGAAGCGUGUUAAACAGAUGCGCGAAGACUUUGAUAAAAAUUCGGUUACAAAUAUCGACGACGAAACCUGUCCACACGAUGUUGCAACGUUACUUAAAGAAUUCCUGCGGGAUCUACCCGAGCCGCUACUCUGCAGUGGACUUUACAAGGCAUUUCUCGAAACACAGCGAAUACGUAAUCGACGUCUGCAAUUGGAGGCGAUCUCGCAUUUGGUAAAGCUGCUUCCAGUAGCUCAUCGUGAUACGCUUUAUGUUUUAUUAAAAUUCUUAGCAAAAGUGGCUUCCUGUUCAGAUGAUAUAGCUGGGCACGACGGUAAUACUCAAAUUAGUGGCAACAAGAUGGACAGCAAUAAUUUGGCAACCGUUUUCGCGCCAAACAUCCUCCGUACAACAUUAAAAAGCUCUUCAACCGCUACCGCAGAUGUAGCAGCUUGUGGUUACAGCAACGAGCAAGAAUCUAUGAGUGAUGCAAUUAAUGUGAUCAGAAUUAUGAUCGAUCAUUGCGAGGAAAUCUUUAAAGUAUCAGCCGAAUUAAUAGACGUUGUCUAUUCCCACAUGCUCGACAUGUGCCCAGAGAAGCUUUAUUGUCUAUUCGAGCAACGUAGUCAGAGCGUUAGGGAUGAUAUUGCCAACUCUUGCUCCUCGCUGAGUAGUCCUGAACUCAUAGUUUCACCUACUUCCAAUACGCGUAUCCAAAGUACGUCAGCAUCUAAUAUUCCCAGCUGUGUUGGUGUUGGCGUAAGUUCCGUGCAAUCAAAAACAUCAGCAAAGCGGCUGUACACGCGGGAGUCCGUCAUGCAUGAUAACGAUGCGUCGCGUGCACCGGAUGCGACCACGAAUGGUUCGAAUGAAAUGAAGCGCUAUUCGAAUACGCAUAAUAAUCGUCCUUCUACAACCCAAAAAAUUUGUCAUGACGAACGUAAAGCCAAUUCUCAAAAUUCUGAACCCAUUGAUCGACGGCAGUCUUCACCAAAUAUAUUAGACAAGUUUGGCGUUCUCUCAGCAAGCUUACAAAUUCCAGUACCCAUGGCGCAGGCAGGUCACUUGAGAUUAUCCGCUGGAAGUUCGGAAGAAAAGUCGCAUGCGAAGAUGGACAACCCAAAAUCUAACUUAACGGAUAGUUACGAUUACCUGGAUAUUCCAUUCAUUGAAUAUGCAACAACCGGACAGGAACUGGAAAUUUCAAAUCACUAUUUUCCUGUAUCUGGAUCAUUGUCAUUCUCCACGAAAACUGAUGGGUCUUUAAAUGAUUGUCGUCAAGUUCAGUUUUUGCAGCAAAAACAACAACAGCAAAACCAGCAAAUGCAGGAUGAUCGAACACCCGCUACGCCUAUGAGCUCACCAUCACUUGGGGAUAGCGCUAACGUGGCUAAGUAUGAUCCACAUCUGGCACAGAAGGCAAAAAAUGGUGAGCCGAAAUUACCUGCAACCAUUUCGAAUAUUGGGGGAGCCAUACUGCGCUCAAAAACCGCCGAUUUCGAGAGAAUGUCUGUUAAAAAGCAACACCAACAACAACUGCAAAGAUCAUCUUUCACUGCGGCAACUGCAGCAGAGAACAGUAUUCGACCGGGAUCAACGGUAACGACGACUACAACAACACCUCAUCUUUACAAACGGCAGGAGUUGAUACCAAGCGCUAAACGCGGAAGCACCAAAAAGUAGACUCGAUAGUGAACUAACAAUCCUAAAAUAGGGCUAACUAUUGUGAAAUUGUUGAAAUUUUUUCUGAAGGGUUAUGCCAACGAGCGAUAUUUUAAGGAACAUUUUGAUUAUCUGUCAUACAGAAAGUACAUUAUUAACGCAAACUUUAGCGUUUGGCUAAAAGAUGUAUAAGAUAGUAUGCCUCUUAGAACCCUUUCAUCUAUAAAGGCACUGUAUUUUAACAGGUUGUUAAAAUAUUAGGAAAUAGGGGUUUGUUUCUCCUUCCUUUUCUGGAAAUUAAUUUUUAGGCUAUGUUUCAGAAAUAUUAAAUUGGAGAUUAAAACAAAUCAUGUGAGAAGCCCUGUUAUAGUGCAUGCACAGAUCCCAGUCCAACUAACCAUGACAUGAUAGUUUUUAGUAGGGAUGUGUUAUUAAAGAAUUAAUCGAACAAGCUGAUUAAGCGAAAGCAGAUUAAUUAAUUAGUCAAAGAAUAAUUAUUUUUGAUUAAUCAAAAUGGUUAGUUUUCCUAUUAAUUACAUAUUGGUUAAUCAGAAUCUAAUUAAUUUGAUUAAUCGACAAAGUGAUUAAUCAUAUCCUGAUUAGCCAAAAAUAUGAGUAAUUGCUGUUAUAUUUUAUUUACAUACAUACAUACAUAUGU